AUGGAGGAAUCCGCAGAGGAAAGAGACAGAACGAGCAGCUCGGAGGAGACCAGCAAAAAAACACCCUUCUUCUGCACUCUUAAAUUGUUCAUCAUGGCACUGUCCUUUGCCUUCUUCUCCAAAGCUAUGACUGGAUCUUACAUGAAGAGCUCUAUCACUCAGAUUGAGAGGCGCUUUGACCUCUCCAGUUCCCACGUCGGACUCAUUGAUGGCGGCUUUGAAAUGGGCAACUUGCUGUUCCUUGCUGUGGUCAGCCAUUUUGGGGCCAAGCUGCACCGGCCAAGACUCAUUGCUGCUGGAUGUACUCUGAUGGCCAUGGGGGCGCUGCUCACUGGACUCACACACUUCUUCAUGGGACGAUACGAGUACAGAUCUAUGGUUCAGGUUUUGCAGAACAACAGUGUGAGCCUGGCGGCCUGUGUGGAUCCUCUGACGGAGCCAGAGCUGCCCACUGAGGCAACACUGGAAGAUGACCAUGCCGCCUGCGUGAGGGACUCUGGCUCCUCCAUGUGGGUGUACGUGUUCUUGGGGAAUGCCUUACGUGGGAUCGGGGAGUCUCCAGUCACUCCUCUGGGCAUCUCCUACAUCGACGACUUCGCUAAAGCGGAUAACUCACCUUUCUACAUCGCUUGUCUGCAGACCAUAACUAUCCUUGGACCCAUGUUUGGUUUCCUGUUGGGAUCAUUUUGUGCUAAACUCUAUGUCGACAUUGGAUUCGUGGAUGUUGACAGUGUGUCGAUCGGCCCCAAAGACUCUCGCUGGGUGGGGGCAUGGUGGCUGGGCUUCUUGAUCUCCUCUGCACUCAUGCUCACCUCCAGCCUGCCCUUCUGGUUCCUGCCACGUUCGCUGACAAAACAAGAAGAUAAGGCCAAACCCCCAGCAGUGGCUGAAACGGAACAAAAGCAAGAUAUGAAACUCAAAGAUAUCGCUAAAGCCUUUCUUCCCUCUCUGAAGCAUCUGCUGGGAACGCCAGCCUACUUCCUGCUCCUGUGUGGAUCUAUCCUGAGGGCCAACUCUUUGAUUGGACUAAUCACUUUUAAGGCUAAAUACAUGGAGCAGCAGUUUGGACAGUCUGCAUCUCGCGCUAACUUCCUCAUUGGGGUCCUGAACUUGCCCGCUGUGGCUCUGGGUAUCUUCUUGGGAGGUCUGCUGAUGAAGAGGUACAAGCUGAGCGUGGUGUCUGGAGCACAGUUCUCCUUUGCCUCCUCCUUCUUGGCCUACCUCCUGCUCCUGCUGCAGUUUGGCACAAAGUGUGACAACCUCCCUGUGGCCGGCCUCACUGUGGCUUACAAUGGUACCCAAGGUGUCCAGCAGGGUAGCUCUCUGCUCUCAGAAUGUAACAGCGAGUGCAUGUGCUCCACUGAGGAGUGGGACCCUGUUUGUUCAGACAGUGGCAUCACGUACAUCUCCCCCUGUUUGGCCGGCUGCAUCAGCUCCUCUGGAUACGGCAAGAAAACUGUUUUUAACAACUGCAGCUGUGUGGACAUGUCGUACCCGGCGGGCAGCAGCAGCUCUGUGAAGCUGGGUCAGUGUCCACAUGCCAAAGACUGCACGAGAAGCUUCAAGUCCUACAUGGCCGUGUCCGUACUCAGCUCCUUCAUCGGUUCUCUGGGGGCCACUCCGGGAUACAUGGUCAUCAUCAGAUGCAUUGGUCCUGAGCUCAAAUCUUUAGCCCUUGGUGUCGAAGCACUGGUUGCCAGGGCUCUAGGUGGGAUUCCUGCCCCUAUAUAUUUUGGAGCCUGGAUUGACUCGACUUGUUUGAAGUGGGCCGUCAAGAAAUGUGGUGGAAGAGGAGCGUGUCGCAUUUAUGACUCUGAUAUGUACAGAAUCAUCUUCGUGGGUUUGAUGACUGGACUAAGUGGAUGUUCGUAUAUCUUCAUCAUUGCAGUCAUCAUCCUCCUCCGACGACAGUACAAAAAACCACCAGCCGACCAAAAGCAACAGGACGGAUGCAAAGGAGUGGAGCUCCAGACGCCUUCCAUCUCUGCUCUGGUCCACUCAGGUAUAACUGCGAGAGAGCGAGCCAUCGGACAAACUGAUUCAGACAGGACAGAGAGACGGACAAAAAAAGCAUUGUCCAGCAUGUAUCCUGUGAGAGUCACUGCUCUGGUCCUCCCUCUGGUGGUUCUGCUGCACGGUGUCUCAGCCGCUCCAAGUCACCGGCACUUGAGUCCAGGAUCCGCAGAGCAGGACAUGGGUCUGAGCUGGUCUGUGUCAGAGCUGCUCUCAAACCCAUUUUGGGGUCUUUUGGGUUCACGGCUGGAGAGGGAUCUGCCACCAAACAGCCACGUCCUUCAGAAGAGGAAAUGUAACACUGCUACUUGUGUGACCCAGCGCCUGGCAGACUUCCUGGUCCGCUCCAGCAACACCAUCGGGACGGUCUACGCCCCGACCAACGUGGGCUCUGGGACGUACGGCAGGAGGAGCGCCCGGUCGCCUGCCCUUCUCCUGCCCCUGUAG